UUAUAAUCAGUUUAUCAAAAAUAUGUGCGAUGUUAAUGCAACAAUAACAAACACUUGCACCACAGAUAGACCUAGAUAAGAAAUUAGUAACGCCAUCAAGAAAUGUCUUCUUUGAUUGGAAGGUUAGCCCUUGUUACAGGUGGUGGAUCAGGAAUUGGUCAAGCAACCUGUCGGAUUCUAGCUAGAGAAGGAGCCUCCAUUAUAGUAGCUGAUAGAGCUUCCAAAAAUGUUCAGAAAACUUUGCAAAGUAUACAGAGUGAUACAACACAGAAUCAUCUAGGUUUAGAGAUGGAUGUGGCAAAAGCAACAAGUGUAGAAGAUGCUCUGAAAAAUACCCUGGAAAAAUAUGCUAAGCCACCUAGCAUAAUUGUUAAUUGUGCUGGCAUCACAAGAGAUAAUUUCUUGUUGAAACUAUCAGAAGAAGAUUUUGAUGAGGUUAUUAAUGUGAAUUUAAAAGGUACUUUUCUUGUAACUAAAAUAUUUACCAAUUCGAUAGUGCAAAAUGGGAUAAACAAUGCUUCCAUAAUCAAUAUAGGUAGCAUAGUAGGAGACUAUGGCAACUUAGGUCAAACAAACUAUUCUGCUAGCAAAGCUGGAGUAGAGCUUCUGACAAGAACAGCAUCCAAAGAAUUAGGAAACUUAGGAAUAAGGGUUAAUGUUAUUCUUCCUGGAAUGAUUAGGACACCUAUGAUAGAUGCUGUUCCACCUAAAGUUCAGGAAAAGUUUAAAGAGUUAAUACCAAUGAAACGAUUCGGGAAUGCAGAAGAAAUUGCCGAAGUUAUCGCAUUUUUAGCUUCUGAUAAAAGUUCUUAUAUGAAUGGAGCAACAAUUAAAGUAACUGGAGGAUUCUGAUGAAAUAUUAUUGGUGAUACUGUGUAAAUACUUGGGGUUUUGGGUUAUAUUUUGUUCUACACUAUUUUAUGAGCAUUUUUAUCAACUGGUGCAAUAAAAACUAAAAUAAAUC